UCGUCAGUUUCUCCAGCAGGUAUAUAUAAAAACCCUGCACGCGACAAAUUUAGAGACAGAGGAGAGUCUGCAGCAUUAUGGCCUCCACACUGGUGAUCCUGCUGCUGCCACUCCUGGUCUCGCUGGCCUCGGCAUCACAUCACUAUGGUGCAACCUCGACCUUCACCUACAAGGGGAAAAACCCUGAUGGCUCACACAGGAUUGACGUUCGCAGCAGGGAAACCUUUACCUUUUGUAAUCACGAACUUAACUGGUAUUGUUACAACGGCAACUGUGGCAGUAGAACCAGUUAUCGGAGAGGCACACUCGACAGAAGCACCAGUGCACCACAAUAUAUCGGCCAAUGGUGCGAAAGUGAGACGGUCUCAACAAGAAUCGUCCCGAGUGACAAACCUUUUAAUUUGAAGACAUCCAGCUGCUGUUGGGUCUCAAACCGAAACCAUUUAAGCAGUUGGUCUCAACUGACCUCUGUGGAUUUGGGAACAAGAUCUGACACUGGAAAACCAAACAGAUCACCAGACAUCGCCAUUCUACCUUUUCUACGCGUGCCCCAGAACUGUCCACGGACAUACAAACUGCCGUCGUUUGAUCCUGACGGUGACAACGUUCAAUGCAGAUAUGGAAACAUCAGAUCUGUGGAAUGCAGCUCGUGCACCUCACCUUCAGGCUUCGACUUAGAUCAGGGCUCUUGCACAUUAAACUACCGCUCCGCCCCUGCUGACAGCAGUGUUUAUGGAUUUGAGAUGGUUGUGGAGGACUUCCCAAAAAGGAGCAUCAGUCUGACCUACGAUGAUGGAUCCCGGUCCUACAGGGCGCCACUACCUGUGAGGGCAAAGAGACAAGCAACAACCACAGCUGCACCCACAACCUCAUGGUGGUGGUGGCAGACAACCUCAGUUCCAACCACAACCUCAUGGUGGUGGCAGCCAACCACAACUAUGGCUGCACCCACAACCACAACUAUAGCUGCCCCCACAACCACAGCUCCAGCCACAACCUCAUGGUGGUGGUGGCAGACAACCACAACCACAACUUCCCCCACAACAACAGCCACCGCUUACCCCACAACAACAACCACGGCUGCCCCCACAACCACAACUGCAGCUCCAACCACAAACCCGUGGUGGUGGUGGCAGACAACCACAACUACAGCUGCCCCUACAACCACAACGUACCCUGGCACCACUGGCCCUCUCAGUAAACUACCUUUGCAUUUCUCUUUUUUGGUGGACCCAUCUGCUCCAUCAUGUCAGGAGGGGCUCUACUUGCCAAGGUUGUUGCCCCCAACACCUGCAAACGGAGUACGCAUCCAGGUAGAGAUCAACAAAGAACUGGAGAUAAAAGUCAAAGCACAAGCUUCGGCAGCAACAGUGAUUGAUAUCAUCAUAAGUGGGCCUUUGAAUAUCAGCAAGCACAGGACCACAAAUGGUGAUUUUGCCAUUAGGUGGACACCUAUCACGGACGAACUGGGAAAUUAUUUCUCAAUCUGCUUUGCUGUUGAAGCCAUGGCAGGGUCGAGCAUCUACCAGUCUGAGAUGAGGUGUGUUGUGGUGGACGUCGUGGAUCAAAUAGUUAAAUCCUAUGUGAGCUGCAGUGAGUCCGCAAUGACAGUAGAAAUUGAGAAAUCUUCAUUCCCUCGACUCAGUGAGGAUCAUUUGCGACUCAAUGACCCCACCAACACCGUCUGCAGCCUCCAGAGACACUCCAACAGCACUCAUGUCGUCGCUGUCAUCCCCCUCAACGCUUGUGGCACUCAGAUCGAGGAAGAUGAUGACAACCUCAUUUUCACAAAUGAAAUCACCACCAUUGACAGAGGGACGGAUGUGAUCACCAGGAAACACCUGCUGGAAGUGCAGGUCUGCUGUCAGUACCCAAAACAGGGAAAUGUGUCACAGAGCUUCACCGUGCACAGGCCGAAUGUAACGGUCUGGGAGAAAGGCUACGGCAAGUUUACCUACGGGUUCGAGUUCUAUCCUGACAGCACAUUCAGAACCAUGGUGGAUCCAAAUUUGUACCCUCUGGAGUACGAGAUAGGGAGCAGGGUUUUCAUGCAGAUCGAGGCCACCUCUUCAAUCAACAACACCGAGCUGUUUGUGGAAUCCUGCACCGCUGCACCAUAUGACAACCCAAACUCCAGGCCAAAAUACACCAUCAUUGAAAAUGGGUGUAACGUGGACUCGACAAUUCAAAGAUACACCCCUGACAACCAAACACAGUUCAAGUUCAGCAUGGAGGCCUUCAAGUUCAUCGGUCAGAAUAACCAGGUGUACAUCAGCUGUUCAGUCAUGAUGUGUGAAGCAGGGAACCCCAACACCAGGUGUGCACAGGGAUGCAUCAACUCCACCCAGCCAGGUGGUCACAACAUCGCAAAGAGAGAGGUUGUCACCCAGACUUCAAGGCACCUGGUUUCCCAGGGUCCCCUCCGCUUAAAGAGAUCAGCAGAAGGUGCUGAAAGUCCAGUGAUGAACCUGAACCUGAACCUGAACCUGGUCUUCAUCGCUGGAUGUCUUCUUGCAGCUGUCGGCAUGAUCAGUGCUGUGGUCAUGUACAAAACCAAAAUGUCAAAGGUCAAAUACCAACCUCUGCCCACAUUCGAGAGUUAAACAACUGUGUGAGCAGAAUAUAAGAUCUGUUUUUUUAAGUUUGAAGAUAUGAAGCUCUUGAUGAUGGGUGUCAGGUGUCUAAUUAAAUGGACUGUUAAACAAAUGCAUGUAUCUUACAUACAGAAAGUUUUAUAUUAAAUGCAACUUAAAUUGAAGGAUGAACAGCUGGUGCUGCAGCUGCUGGCUAUUCAGGUGUUGUGUUUACUGUCGUGGGAUUCAAUCUAACCUUACAACUGUUUCUACUUUUAUGUAUUACAGUAUGAUCUAUCUUCAUUUAUGUGUGUAAUCUGUUCAAAAUGAUAUAUGAAUAUGUACAAACUGGCCACUUGUCAAAUUACAACUCAGCAAUUUGGGGUAAUGCUGUAGGUACCUUAGGUUAUAUAGGUAGAAUGGCAGAUGUAGGACCAUGAUGCAUUUGGGUUGGGUUCUGUUUUUUAGCUGAGCGGGAGAGGCAUGCAGGAUUCCUUUCAUUUGUUUGCUUGCUUUUUGGGAAAUAAACCAUGAAAAAAAACAAA